ACGCCUUAAGAAGCUUGCUUCGUCUUUUCGUAGUCUUAGGUUUCUUAUUUGGAGAAAGCCGACAGCAAGCCUAUUAAAAGUUAGGGGUUAAAAACCUUGGUGCUACAAUCAAAGGGAGAGUGAGAUUUGCUAAUUAAUUGAUGAUGGAGGAGUUAAGUGAAGGAGUGAACAAUAUGAACAUUAGCGGAGGAGACCUUCAGAAGAAGAAUCGUAUUCAGGUUUCUAACACCAAGAAACCCUUGUUCUUCUACGUCAAUCUUGCCAAGAGGUAUAUGCAGCAGUACAAUGACGUGGAACUUUCUGCUCUUGGGAUGGCUAUUGCCACGGUUGUCUCAAUUGCUGAAAUUCUGAAGAGCAAUGGGUUUGCUGUGGAGAAGAAGAUUAUGACAUCAACUGUUGAUGUUAAGGAUGGCUCAAGAGGGCGUCCCGUCUCCAAAGCCAAAAUUGAGGUAUUGCUGGGAAAGAGUGAAAAAUUCGAUGACUUGAUGGCGGCCGCGGCAGAGAGGGAACUUGGAGAUGGUGAGGAGCAGAGUUAAGAGCAAGCUCCUUUUUUUAUAUGAAUUUUUGGAGUCUGUUUUUUAUUCAAACAAACGAAAUCUGCAGUGAGCGUGAUUACCUAAAAAAGUUGUUUGUUUGAAUUGUUAGGAGUAUAGCCUAUCUGGUAAGAUGAAGUGAAGUUUUGUUGCUGGACAACUUUGGCCUUUUAGGUGAAUAUAUAUGGCUUGAUGAUAAUAUGCUGAAAGUUGAAUAAGUGAAGAUUUGCUUUUAAAUUUUGUUGCUUAUAUUUUUAUGUAUCUCUAGGCGAGGGUCUAUCGGAAACAGCCUCUCUAUACCCUCCCAGACCCCACUUGUGGGAAACUAUUGAGUUUGUUGUUGUUGUUGUUGUUGUUGUUGUUGUUGUUGUUGUUGUUGUUAUUGUUGUAUAUUUCUAUGUAUCCGUAAAUACAAUUUAACACUGAUAGGGUUCCCAUGGAUA